AGAGAAGUUGCGCACAGCUGAUAGCUCUGGCUGGGUUGAGCGCUCGUCGCUCCAUCUUGAGUAGAAUAUAGCUUGUGAACGGUGAGUGUAUAAUUGUGCGACGAAAAACCGAUGUUUAUAGUUUAAAGUGUAUAAAAUUAAGUCAAGCAAUGUCUUCGAAUAACCAGAAGCAAUCGACCACGCAACGUAUGAUACAAGCGGUACCGUUUCCACCGAGUAAUAAAUUAACAGUAGCCGAAGUAUUCGAUUCUCGGACGGCGAAACCGCGACCGGAUACGUUGAAACAACAUUUCAUAUUAGAAGGUCGCAUUGAUGAAGCCGCAGCGCUUCGGAUCAUCAAUGAAGGAGCUGCUCUGCUCCGUGCUGAAAAAACCAUGAUAGAUAUAGAAGCUCCCGUCACAGUAUGUGGAGAUAUACACGGUCAAUUUUAUGACCUUAUGAAAUUAUUUGAAGUGGGAGGACCACCCGCUAGUACAAAAUACCUUUUUCUUGGUGAUUAUGUUGAUAGGGGUUAUUUUAGUAUAGAGUGUGUGUUGUACCUGUGGGCAUUGAAGCUGUGUUAUCCUACAACCCUUUUUCUACUUCGUGGUAACCACGAGUGUCGACAUCUAACGGAAUAUUUCACAUUUAAACAAGAAUGUAAAAUAAAAUAUUCAGAACGUGUAUAUGAAGCGUGUAUGGAUGCUUUCGACUGCCUGCCGCUAGCGGCGCUCAUGAAUCAACAGUUUCUCUGCGUACACGGCGGAUUAUCACCAGAAAUACACAAUUUGGAAGAUAUACGAAGAUUAGACAGAUUUAAGGAACCUCCCGCGUUUGGACCCAUGUGCGAUCUAUUAUGGUCGGAUCCACUAGAAGAUUUCGGAAAUGAAAACAACGCCGAACAUUUUUCACACAACACAGUACGUGGUUGUUCAUAUUUCUACAGCUACACGGCUUGUUGUGAUUUUCUACAAAAUAAUAAUCUUUUAUCAAUAAUAAGAGCACACGAAGCACAAGAUGCGGGAUAUAGGAUGUACAGAAAAAGUCAAACGACAGGCUUCCCUUCAUUAAUUACGAUAUUCUCAGCACCGAAUUAUCUGGACGUCUAUAAUAAUAAGGCGGCCGUAUUGAAAUACGAAAAUAACGUUAUGAAUAUACGUCAGUUCAAUUUCUCGCCACAUCCGUAUUGGCUGCCCAAUUUCAUGGACGUCUUCACGUGGUCGCUUCCCUUCGUCGGCGAAAAAGUUACGGAGAUGCUCGUCAACGUACUCAAUAUCUGCUCGGACGACGAGCUCGUCUCGGACGGAGACGACGCUUUGGAGGAAGCGAAACAGGCUAAAAUAGUUAUAAAAAAACCUGAUGAAGGGCAGAGUAGAAUCGGUUUCGAGGAUGACGAAUUUCCUUUUACGUACACUUUAGUACGAAAACGGCCACCGGCUGAGAUCGAAUCGGAAAAAAAGAAGCUUCAUUGGAAUCAACAAGCUGUUUCAACCGUAAAAGAAAAGCUUCUGAGGAAAUUGAAUCGAAAUUUAGCAAAAAAUGUAAUCCUCUUCCUUGGAGAUGGCAUGUCCAUUCCAACAAUAUCUGCCACCAGAGUGUAUAUUGGAGGUGAAGAAAAACAGCUGUCAUUCGAAAAGUUUCCUUAUGCAGGUUUUUCCAAGACUUACUGUGUUGAUCACCAAACUGCAGAUUCAGCGUGUUCAGCGACUGCAUAUUUAGGAGGAGUUAAAGCCAAUAAAGCGACGAUCGGUGUUUCGGCGGCCGUAUCAAGAAAAAACUGCUCGGCCAUGAAAAAUCCGGAAAACCAAGUAGAUUCUAUUGCUAGGCUAUUUCAGUUGAAUGGAAAAAGAACGGGGUUGGUUACAACGACUAGAGUUACCCAUGCUUCACCUGCAGGAGUUUUCGCUCAUACAGCUUACAGACAUUGGGAAAGUGAUAGCGACGUUUUAGAUUCGCACGAAAAUCCCAAGGAAUGCCAAGAUAUAGCCCACCAAUUAAUUUUUGAAGCCACUGGUAAAAACCUCAACGUCAUUCUCGGAGGUGGUAGAAAGAAAUUUAUACCAGCUUACGAUAGAGACGAAGAGGGAAAGAGAGGCGAGAGGUGCGAUCAUUUGGAUUUAAUUCGCGAAUGGGGCAAACAGAAAGACAAGGCGGGAGCUAAAUAUGAAUACGUUUGGAAUAAAGAUCAGUUACUCAAUCUGAAAAAUGACACAGACUUCGUAUUAGGUUUAUUCGAUUCCAAUCACAUGGCGUACAAUCUGGAACGAGACAACAAAACUGAUCCAUCUCUAGAAGAAAUGACCGAAGCGGCCAUCAGAGUACUACAAAAAGGUCCCGAAGGUUAUUUUCUUUUCGUGGAAGGUGGAAAAAUCGAUAAAGCUCACCAUGAAACUACCCCACAUAAAGCUCUCGAUGAAACAGCGGAAUUUGCUAAGGCCGUUCAAAAGGCAGUUGAAUUAACUAACGAACAAGAUACUUUGAUUGUGGUUACUGCAGACCACGCUCAUACUAUGAGUUACGCCGGUUACGCGAAAAGAGGAAGUGACGUGUUUGGAUAUGGAGGUGUAGCCAACGACGACGACCUCUAUACAAUUUUAUCUUACGCGAAUGGACCAGGAUAUAAACCUACGAAAAAGAAUAAGAAGAGAAUUGUACCUACGCUGGAGGAUUUAGGUGAUAUUAAUUUCGCCUGGCCGGCCGUAGCACCUUUGGCAAAAGAAACACACGGAGCCGACGAUGUUGGGAUAUUUACUCGUGGACCUUGGGCACAUUUGUUCACCGGUGUCGUGGAGCAAAAUGUGAUAGCACAUUUAAUGGCUUUCGCCUCGUGUACUAGCAAAGACGUACCGUGUGAUAGUUAUAUAAAAAAUUCAUAAAUAUAUAUAAAUUGAGAAAAAAA